CUUCCUUCUGGGAUUUCUCCCUGUCCCGACGGCUGCAGAAACCCCACCAGGGCCAGCUCGACCUCCUCUAUUUGGGCACGUCAUCUCCUCUAUCCCCACGCGUCUCCUGCUCUAUGUUUCCAAAGCCAAGCGCUCUUUCUCCAUGCCGCUCAGCCUCCUCUCUGUUUCAGUCGUGGAGCAUCAGCAAUCCACAUCAUCUCCGUUGGCCGAGCGGUUCCCUCGCGGCGCCCAGGAUCCUUCCCAGACGCGCUCGGCUCCCUGGUCUGUCUGUCACCUUGCCGACGCCUCCUCUGCUCCUCCACCUGUAGCUCGCCCCUAUCUCCUCCUCUCCCCAUGGCGGCUCCCCCUGGAUCCCUCCCUGCGCGAACCCUCUCCUGCAGCACGCCAGUGCCGACCACAAUCUCCCAUGGCGCAGGAGCUCCCCAUUCUCCUCUUGCUAGGGCGCCGUCGCUGGGCUCGCCCAGUCUCUCGCUUUCUCUGCUCCAGCAGCAACCGUCUCAAGGUAUUCCAGUUCGUGAGCAGCAGCAAUCGAUAUAGCUCCUCCGCACCGUGGCGCAGCCAGCCGUCGAUGCCAUGUCCCUGCAACCUCGUGUCGUCGUCGUGCCCGCCUUGGUGGAGAAGAAGGUUCAGUUCAACACUCCCUAAGUGUUCGAUGAUAUGCUCCGGUGGCCAUCGUCGUUCUUGCAAAAAAAUCAAGUCGGAUCAUGAUGUGGUACGUUAAUUGAUCACGGAGUGGGAGAACAAGAGCUGAGUUGAUCUCAAGGGAUACUGAUGAAUGAACUUGAAGAUUUGCGUGAUCGAAUCAAGCGCCAGGAUAAGAGAUGCUCCCCAAGCGGACGUCAUCUAACAACACUGACUUAGUGUUAUCUCAGGCAAGCCCCGGUGCAUUUGCCACCUCCUUGCUGUUUUUAAACUUUUAUCACUUAUAUGAUGCAUUAGGUGGUAGGAGUUGAAUGAUUAAACCUUUGUUGCAUAACUUCCUUGAACUAUUGGUUACCAUCCUUGAUACCUGUUUUAAAAAGCUAGAUGUGCUUAGUAUGCUCAUAGACUAAGAACAAAAUGUUUUGAUCUAUGAAUCAUGUUUUUACAAAGAAAAGAGGCUGGAGUGAUGAAGGUAUCAAAGGCCUUGAUGACUCCAUCAUUUCAGUAGGGUACCUCUGACAGGUACCAGAUUUUCAGAAAUAACUUAAUAUGAGACCAGACGUUGAGCAGGAAAUGUCGCCCGUCUGUGUCGCUUAAGGACCGUUCCGAUUGUUGGCCUGCUGAUCUAGGACCCUUUAACUGGCCACAUGCCUCGUCAUGGGUAAGCUUAGCCUCGGUCGGACCAAUACCAGAAAGGCCGGCCCGCAAUGGGAGUGGAGAGAUGGCGAGAGUAGCUUGUACCCUCCGUGGCAAGAGACUGGAAGGUGGGGUGCUGUACUCUCGGAAACAUGGCGGGCACCAUGGCGAGGGUAACGUGUACCAACCAGGCCAACGGCUGGAAGGUGGGGUGCUGUACUCUCGGAAACAUGGCGGGCACCAUGGCGAGGGUAACGUGUACCAACCAGGCCAAUGGCUGGACGGUGGAGUACUGUGCUCUCGGUUGGCGGGGACCCGUUCUGGUCUUGAGAAACCCGUGGGCGAGUUGACAUAUGCAAGGUUAAGUGCUACAUAUGUCGUGUGGUUGGAGAUCCCCAGCUGGGUAUUAAUCGAUUCGGAUCGCCGAACUUCUCGGAUAUGAAGACUGGAUCUUCGACCUUCAGCGUAGAUAACAAGUGAAACUAAAGCUGCUAAAAUGAAUCUAGUGUAGGACAAGUGAAUGUUCUAGACCAGGCAAAUCUAGAUUCAGGAAAAGUACUUAACUGGUGAAGUAAAAGCUUGGCAUAAGGAUCCACUACUAGUAAGCUUUUCUGCAAAAAUGAGUCUUUGAAAUUUGAUAAGCUUUACCUUGAUUCCCGACAAACCAGCAUACCCUUGAGAGUCUUUUCUUUAGUCGGGUAAGUCUUGCUGAGUAAUUGCGUACUCAGGGUUUUAUUCCCUGUUGUUUUUCAGGUUGUAAUUUUGUAAUUUUGUUCUGUUGUGGAUGAUGCUAAGUGCCGGUGGGCUCGGCCUUCUUAUAUAAGUAUAUCCCAUCUUUAGCUUCUUUAUUGAGGAUUGCCACUUAAGCUAGCAUGUAUUUUAAAACUUAUAAAUAUUUUAUACAUUUUAAAGUGUAAUUCUUUUUAAUCAUUUUCUUUUGUAAUCACUCCGAUAAUUGUAUAAUGCAAACUUAUUGUAACAUGUAAUCAUUUUGCAAUAAAGAAUUUAUUUCCGCUGCAAAUGUUGGUGUGUGAUUUGUGUUUACUUAAUCUUGCGAUCUUGGCGGGAAGUCGUUUAUCCGGGGUCCUCGGGGCACUCGGACAGAUCCUGUUGAGUUGUUUGGUGCACAUGCAUAGCCGUCUGAGGUUUUUGAGACAAGGACGGGUGCAUGUGGGCCCGAUAACUUGGGAGGUUCUGCGACAGCGGCAUCACGCAUCACUCACGUGGGCGAGAGGCUGUGUGCUGUCCAGACACCGGUUAGCACCUGCCACGCGCCACGAUGCCAGGCCACAGAGAGACACGUGCAACGGAAGCUUGAAAGAAUUUCAAACGAAGUUUAAGGAACUAGAUCUGAUUUCAAGGAUUAAAGUUUGGGCAAGACGUCGAUGGCUCAACCCAAACGAUAUUGGAUUCGUUGUUUCGAAAGAUUACUGAAGUCUGAUUUUUGCAAAAAUAAAUUAGCUACAAUUUAGACAGAUGGAGAUAGACACGAUAUCAAAAUCGUGAUAGACGAAGAUGAUUAAAAUUUAGUGUCCAUUUUAUUCACCGCUAUCAUGUGUUAAAGUCCGCACUCGUGGUCGAGCAGACGAUAAACACCUCGAGUGUUACAUGCGCGCUCGCAGAGCCGCCCAUGCACCGGAGCCCCACAGAGAGCCCACCCCGUCGUUCCUGCCCGAGGACCGCCACCGCCGACCGAAGCCCCGCCCCGACUGAGCUCCCACCCGAGGUAAAACCCAUGGUCGUCUUUCCUUUUCUCUCUCCUGUUUCCUCUUCCGUGUUGCAUGCCCACCGAUGAGGGCCAACAGCGGCGUUGCGCCACCGUGCCGCAGUCCUCCGGCCAGCCACCGCCGCCCCACGUCCACCUUCCCACGUGCACCGUCGAUCUCGGCCACGGCACCCGCACCAUGCACGGGUGUAGACGGCAAGCCCAACACACGGGACCCACUGUUAGCCUCCCCGCGCUGCCCCCUCCUUCCCCCUCUCUGAGUCGCUAACAGGCGGACCCCGUCUAUUAGCGCGAUCCCUGCGCCUCACUGCACCCGCAUCUCUCCCAUGCCGCUGACUAGCGGGCUCGGUCAUGCCGAGAUCCCCUCUAUCAGCUCGCGAGUGCGGUGGCGCCCCACUGCCCACCAAGCCACUGGCUCAUGGGGCCUGCGCGCCAGUGCCAUGCCCCAGCCCUUGGGCCCCACCUGUCAGUUGCCCCGUGCCCCCGCGCUUGCGCGCCCUGCCCCGCCGAUCGAAUCUCGACCGUUGAUCUGAGAUCUAAUGGCCGAGGGAACCUGAUACCCUUUCGUGCGACACUUUUUAAAGAGCCCUUCGGUUUCCCGAGAAUAAACUUGUCAUCCCUAUUUAUUUCACCUAGGUCCUUGGAAUUUUACAGAGAGGCCCUAAGACUUUUAUUUAAUCAGGAAAAUAUAUUAAAAUUGAGUUUUAAAUCCCAAAACUUGUAAAUUUCAUAACUUUGUCAUAUGAACUCCAAAUAAGGUGCUUCAAAUUGAAAAAUGUUCAUCAUGUUUUUGUCUACCUGUUAAAAUAAUGUUCACCUACUUUUUUAAUAUCCCAAUUUAUGUUGAUCUCUAGUUUAGAGUUGAUGCUAUUGGAACCUUAAUAGAAAUAAAAUAAAGGUAGGAACAUCUAAUAAAUGUUCAAAUACUUAAGUUUAUAGACGUAACACUAUCUAAUGAGUAAUCCCAUCCACAACAUAGACUUGAUUAGAGGUUAAUAAACCACCUGGCGUAGUGACUACCCUAAACUUAGGAAACACCUUAUUUCCUAUACCCUUCUAUUGAACUUGUACUUACUUUGUUGCAUAUGUUUGGUGUAUUUUUCUUUUGUUAUUACCCAAGUGUGUUGAAUGAAUGCUUUGCAUAGACAACAAGUAACAUGUGUUUCCCGAGAGAGUUGCAGGAGAAGUCCCUGAACAACAACUUGGUGAAGGCAAGUGUCCUCCGACCCAUUAUGUCCUACUUACUUUAUAAUUUACUCUCUUGACUACCAUGAUCAACCUAAGGAUUGACUAGUUUUCUGUUAUCCUGUCCUUGAAUUACCUUCUUGGGUUGAGCUAUUAUGAUUAGUAUCAUGCUAGUGCUUUACUUUAACCAAUGAACAUGAUGACAAUACUUUAUGAUAUGAUGAUGGUAUUCUAGAUAUGAUGAUGAAAUUGUGACACUAAAGGGGGGCUCGAGCUGUUUCCCGAGUACUUCUCUGUAAUGACCCAUUCAUUGGAUGACCACCCAAGAAAACAAUACAACCAUGAUGGUGGUAUGGGACGCCCUUAGCUGACUAAUUAGAGGAACUUGUGAUGUAGUAUACUACCAUGUCGUGUCGUCAACGGGGUUCGGGCACAGUACUUGCUCUACCGAGGCUAGGUGCCGAGGUUCUUUCAUUUUGCUUUUGUUAGUCACCCUUCCUGUGGGGAGAGUACUAUGUUUAUCAAUCUGGAGAAACCUAACGGGCGGCUAUGAUCUCUAGGGAAUCUUUGUAAAAGCUACGUAGUGAAACCUUGCCGACUCACCUUGGGAGUGUUUAAGAGUAUGUACAACCCGAGACAAAAAGAGAUCACGACUCGUGGAUAAAGUGUGCAACCUCUUCAGAGGGUUAGAAACUGAUAUAUCAGCCGUGCUCGCGGUUAUGAGCGGCCUUGGAGCUCCUUUGGUUAGAGAUAUUAUGGUUACGGAUGAUGAUGAUGGUUCUGAUUAUGAAUUCUGGUAUUUCCUCUACGAGGAGGUAUCUUUUGGGGUAAUAAUUUGGAUCUUUAUGAUAAAAUCUGGCUUCUAAUUAUAAAUAUCCGAUGAACUAAAAGCAACUGCCUUGAGCUUAACUCCACAUAAAGCUAGUCCACCUCAGCCAAAUGGGACAUUUGCCGAGUACGUUGAUGUGUACUCAGCCUUACUUAAACAACAAACACCAGGUUAUCCACAUUGCAUCCGCUGCUCAGGAGAAGAUGGAGGCCAUGCAGAGGACUUUGAGGAGUUCUAGAUUAGAUUAGCGGUAAACUCUCAGUUAGUUGCCUAUGAAAGGUCUUAUCUUUACUGUGUUUCGCCUUAGCACUUUGAUUACGGUUUAAUUUAAUGACUAUGUGGAUGUCUCUAACAUCGUGAUGUAAUAAAGUAAUACCUCUUUAUGUUAUUAUUUCGAGCACUGUGCAAUGAUGUUCAGUUAUGUAAUCUCUGUGUACGUGAGUUUCUGAUCCUGAAAUCUACAUGGUUGGCAUUCAGUUUGCCUUCUAAAACCGGAUGUGACAAUCCUAUACCUUGGUGAAGGUAUAAUAAAUUGUAAGAAAUUAAAGUAUGCCAAGGAAUACAUACCACCACCAAGGUAGAUAAAAUCACCACACAAAUCUAUAUUGACUUGACAAGUAGCUUUCCCUUUCACAAGUGGAACUUCAUUGAUUUGAAUGACUAAUAGUUCUCACUUAAUCAAAUGUGGUGAAUUUGAGCUCUUAUGCUCAUCCAAGAUCCAUAUUAGGUUCUAUUAUUUGUUGUCAAGGUAUUGGGUGAUUGAUGGGACUUAUCUAUAUGCACUUGAUGAGCUCUAUAGUGGAGAGAAAAAUAACGAAUGAGCACUAUGAUUCUUUUCUCCAACUCACUUGAAUUUAAUUCCACUUAAAGGGUUGGACAUUCGACAUUAAAUCAUAAGUCUUUGAUUUAUAAAGACCAAGACCUCCUAUAAUAACCUUUGGACCACCAAAAUAUUCCUUUGAACCAUCUGUACUCGUUUGAUCUUAAUUUCUGCAAUGAGUGAGACUAGACAACAUAAACUUGCAAGAAGCCAUUAGUCCCACAAUAUAUAGGCUAGUUGCGAUGGAUUUGAUUGAUGGACCGAAGAAUCCAAGUGAAUAGUUUUGGUGGCUGGCACCUAAGGAUACCGAUAGACGCGAGGACGUGGCAAAGCAGAUUAUGUCGACACGGUCGAGGGUAAUGGAACACAUGUCUAGAACAUGAGACGUGUAUGGACUGCCGUGACAUGUGUCUAGAACAUGUGGGAGACUAAGCUUGUGUUCUAUCAAAUUUAUUUUUUCCUGUGUAAUGUGUAUUUUUCUCAGUUUUCGUAUUUUACAUGUGAUCAUGGCAGAUUUUUCAUAUUUGAGAGUUGAUAUUAGUUUCAGAUUCAACACAAACAACAUAAAAAAAGCCAACAACGUGUCAUCAUUGGGAUGCCUAUAUCCCUACUACUAAUUAAGAACGCAGUGUGGGCGCCUGGCGUGGCCAUGCCCCCGCCUCGCCUCACCUCCCCUCUGAGUUGUCACUGCCAUACUGGCCCCGCCUGACACUCCCCUCGCGUUGCCCACACCCUCGUCUGUUGCUCCCCUCGUGUUGCCCGCCCCCACCCCCUAGCCUCCGCUCGCUGCGCCGCGACAGACGCCGCCCCCAGCCUCUGCUCGCCGCGUCGCCCCAUCCUCGGCCCCUCCCGAAGGAAUGGUAGAGCCCUUUGCACGGCGACCUCCCUCCACCUCCGCGCGGCGGCCUCCAGAUCGCAGCUUCGAUUCUUCUUCCCACCCCACGGUGAGACCCGCCCCAGCCCCUUUCUUCUCCCUCUCUAUCCAUCCUCGACCCCUCUCUCGUAAUCCAAGGAAGGGCAGAGCUCACCAAGGCGCUCCCCUCGGCUGGCGCAGCGACGGACCAGAUCUUGGCGAAGAGUAUGCUUGGAGCACCUCUAUCCCCUCCACGAUGGAGGCCGAGUACUUAACGACCGUGCUUGACAACAACGCCGAUUUGAUGCCAUUUUGGAGGUGAGGCGGGGGUGAUUUUGAAUGCUCCAAGGAUUUCAUGACUCUGGUUUCCACGCCGAGAAGCCACUCCUCGUGCUGCCCUCCUGCCUCCUCCUCCUCCUCCUCGCCCCGCUCGUCUCCGCCGUCCCCAUGCCAAGAAGCCUGCGCCUGGGGAGCCACCAGCAGCACCCGCCGACUCUGAAGCUCAGUUCCUCUCAGGAGACGACGGCGAUGAACACGGGCAGGCCGACGACGAGGAUGGAUGUGGAGGUGAACGACUACCAACCGUUGGGCCCCAACAACCGCCACGAUCCACCCAUUUUGGCCAUUUCCUUGUUCAAAGGAUCUACGCCCUCGCGACAUGCUUGGAGGUUUCAGACUUCCAGGUGCUUACUGAUAUUUCACCACGCGCCCAGUAGUACGAAGCAACUGAUCCCGCAACCACAGUUUAAGAGCAUGUGAGAAUGAAUUGAGUCACCCAGUAGCAACCAAAUAAGUGGAAUAGAAUGGCAAUGCUGAUAUGAGGGGUGUAAUGGAUGUUGUAGUCACAAUUUACUUUUCCCAGCUUCAGAUCAUAUGAACAACAAUCAGUAUUGCAAUCAUUUCGGACAACUUGACCAGAGCUGAAGAGAUGGAGUGUAGCAGAAAACCAGAACAUAUAAAAGAUAGAAAGGAUCAGGCACAACAAAAGUGGAAAAGCUAUCAUUGCCUGAACUUCACCAAUGACCUUUGCAGCAACCUGAAGCCAUGCGUAAUGGUUAUUGGUAGGAGCUACCAGCUAUCACAUUCAAAAUAUAGAGAUGAUUAUUAAUGCCCCUAUGCAAUACUUGUCAUGUAUCCAACGAUUUUGCUUACCCUUAAGACAGGUGUUGCUGUCAGUAUACAACGACAAUAGCUAUUGAGGACAGGAAA